AUGGCUUCCAUCUCUGUACCCAACACUAACCUGGUGACAGGUCCCUCUAGAAUCACACAAAACAUAAAAGUCAGCAGGAGCGAGCUUCUUCAUACCUGCUUCUACAAAAGAACCAAAUACUACUUUCCGACGCUCGAUCCCAAGGCCCAUGAAUUCUCCCAGGAAGUCCGCAGGUUCUUCUCCCGCUGCUAUAAAACUCAAACUCCAAACCUUGGUGUUCUGGCCCGCCUGCCUCAAGAUCUCCUCGAAGAAAUCGUAUUGCAUCUGGACAUUGACUCUUUUCGCCGGUUUAGACAAGUCAGUCGCCGGGCGCGGUACCUCUCAACUGCUAUCACAAUCUACCAGCGUGUUCUGCGCUACGCCCCGGAUGCGCUCAACGCUUUGAGAAGAACAGAUCUUAGCGGCUAUGUCUCGUAUUCAGAUGUCUACACUGCACUCACGACGUCAAAGUGUAUUUUCUGCGGACGGUUCGGCGAAUUCAUGUUCCUUCCGACUGCUAAGCGCUGCUGUUUCGAGUGUCUUCGUGCAUCGCCGGAGACAGCUAUCGUCAACCAAGCAUGCAUCAGCAGGAGGGAACAAUGGAAGGAUUUAUACACCGAACACGCUGAGGAUCUUGCCGAAGCCUUGAAGUCGAUGGAUGUACGUUCUUUCAAGACUCAUAACUGGGAUGAUAUUCAGAAAAUGUCAAAGACUCGUGGCGUUCUAGCAAAGGAUUUACUAGCGGCAUUUAUCAAAGUCGACAAAGGCCUGAAAGAACCUGGCCAAUCCCUUCUAAAACCUGGCUGGCUUCACUACCGCCUCGCAGCAAGCAUCAUCUUCCCCUCCCUCAAUCCUCGCACGGGAAAACUCCAGACGGGAGUAAGUUGCAAAUGCUGCCACCUAAAUCUCUGGAAGCUAAGCCCCCCUUCGCUUGUUCCCGCAACGAGCCAAAACGUCAUGUGCAAUCUGCAUUUUCGAGCUCGCGAUCGAUCAUACUCUGAAGACGAAGCUGCUUUGCAUUUUUCGCAGUGCCUGGAAUCGCAGAAACUCUGGCGGGUGAGUAACCCUGGCGAAAGUGAGAUUAAUCAUUGUAUGCUUAUCCAGCAAGGAGGGUUUUAUUAUGAUAGGGCGAAUGUUCGGCGACGGGAGCAGGAGAAUUUGGCGGAUGAGUGAAUAGCUUCGGGCAUUCCAUAAAGGAAGACAUGUUACGCGGGCGGCACUCUUAUUUCAAGCAGGCACUUAACUCAAGAGCCUAAUCAUACCGUAUUGACACCCCGAAACAUAGAUCUGCGUAUCAUCUGUUACAAGUUCUCC